UUUGACAAUUCGACUGGAGUGGGCUGUUUUGCGGGAUACGAAUGGAAAAUCAACAAAUGUUUCGAAUAAUAUCCAGAGCUCUGAUGCUCAUCGAAAUCUAAACUUUUAAGCUGGUUGGCUAAAGCCGCAGACGGUUAAAUAAUGGACGUACAGGCGCAAAGCGCCAUCGCGACCAAGUUGUUUAUCAACAUUAGCGUUCUUUCGAUUGCGCUAAACUCUUCGUUUUUUGUGUAUCUUCUGUACAGUAACCGGCUUUACGAUCUAGGAAAGUGCUGUUCGUCAGCUGUGCUGCUUAUUUUACCGCUUUCGGAAAUACUUAAACAUUUCUAUGUAAAACAAAUGUUUCAACUUGAAACUGGACUGAAAAGUGGCCCACCGUCAUCAUCAUUAUCGUCAUCAUCAUCGGGAAGGAGCGCUGGUGUAGCGAACGCGAGGGUCGGCCGAACACGUUGGAGUGAAUGGUUUGGUGCUGCAGUGCUGUUUACCUUGGCGACACUGUUUUAUGCAUUCAUAUGCGUCGUGCUUGGAGCACCGUUGGAUCAGUACGAAGAAACAUCAUCGCUGGCAUUAACACUGACCACGGUUACCGUAUUCCCGAUCAUCCUCCUCAUCGGUCAAUCACACACCUACCAGCUGCUGCUAUCAGAAACACUCGAGCUGAAAAGCCCGCUAACAAAUAGCUAUCUGAAUCUACUUAAAAACAACUGCAUCGGAGUGAUUCUGGGGGCCUGGGGAGCAUCAGUGGUCGCCCCGUUGGAUUGGGAUCGACCAUGGCAAGUUUAUCCCAUCCCCAAUGUGGUUGGUUCAAUAGGAGGAUUGUUUGGCAUGAAUGUGUUUAAUCUGCUGAGCACGCUGUACAUAAGCAUGUAUCGUAAUCGACGGGCCAAAGCACAGUAGUAGUAACCUUUGCAGUAUUUGUGGGAAAUAGAAUGCUUAUCUAGUCGUGUGUAUGCCAAAAUAUCUCUCAAUGACGGAAUCUAUUCGUGAAAUUUCCAUAAUAAAUAUUAUACUUAAUUAUACAGUA